GAGGCCGUGAUUUACAAACAGCCGUUACAUACGCUAAAAAUAGCACCAUACAAAAACAGGCGCACAGCAAUAGCAAUUCAUUACUAAUCACAAAUCAGCCAGGAGCUGCUGCAGCAGCCAGAAUAAAUAAUAAUAUGCCGAAAAAGACACCAACCGCAUCUUCUGCAGCAGCAGCAUUUCCCAGUAGUUCAAAAGCUGCUGCCUCUAAUGCAAACAAAGUAGGAUUAUCAUCAACUAAUGCUUAUGCCCAAAUGGCUAUGACACCCUUUAAUACAACACAACUAAUGGGCAUGGCAGCUUUAGCUGCCGCUUCGGGCCUAGCACCCAGUUUUAGUAAUGCUACUAGUGGCAGUAGUGUAACUAAUGCUAAUAUAGCUACAGCUACUUCUACUACUACAAAUGCUAAUGCUAAUUCAUUACUAAAUGAUAGUGUUGGGGUAGGUGGUAUUGUAGCUAAUCUAGACGUUGGUUCAAGCUCUCAAGUUUUAAGCAAAAAACCAGCAACUGCAGCGUCAACAGCAAAAAGUUCACAACAUACUGCAGCUUCGUAUUAUCAAGCUUGUGCUAAUUUUAAUAUGGCAGCGUCUGUAUUGGCGCAGAUGAGCAUGGGCAUGGGUUAUGAUUCCCAACCGUCUUCCACAAAUUCUGCCAAUAGCGGUUUAUCUACACAGUCCAAAAUCAAUGCCAUGGUUUUGCAAAAGAUUCAGGCUUUAGUUGCCGCCAAUCCACAGUUUCUAACCAGUGGUAUACCGAAUCAAUUAUUGUCACAACUGUUAAUGCAGCCCAUGAAGGUGAGUAGUAUGAUUUUUUUAAUUAUUCAGGAAUUUUAA